ACACAACUGUCACAAUCAAGAUUGAUGGUAUGUUAAAAAACAAGACACGUGUAUCACGUAAUGAUCGUUGGAAUGAAGAUUUUGAAAUUCAUGUUGAUAAAGCCAGCGAAGUUGAAAUUACACUAUAUGAUAAACUCCAUGAACAUCAUCAAGUACCAGUUGGUCUUUUAUGGAUUAAAAUAUCAGAUAUUGCUGAAGAGUUAAGAAAAAAAAGAAUCGAGGCUGAGAAUGGUCCAGGUUGGGUUACUGCUUCUAAUGCUCAAUUUGAAAUGCAAGGAUCACCUACCAGCACCAUCAAUACCACACCAUUAAACAAUAGCCAAAAUCCAGCAGAUACAUACAGUAUACCUUAUGUUGCAGCAAAACCUCAACAAGGAACUGAAGCUUCUGUUCUUUCCGAUGGCAUUGAAGCUUGGUUUGAAGUUGAACCUGCUGGUCAGAUUUCACUAAUGCUUAAUUUCGAAAAAGAAAGUGUUAAUAAGAGACCACUAGAACUUGGUCGUCAAGGCGCACUUCGUAAACGAAAAGGUGAUAUACUUGAACAAAAUGGACAUAAAUUUAUUCAAAAAAUAUUCUAUCAAGUCAUGAAAUGUGCUUAUUGUGAAGAAUUAUUUGUUAACGAGGGGUUUCAAUGUGAUG